CAGAAAAAUAGGAAUGAUCUAUGUUGUACCAACUUCUAUGCAGAUCACCCGAUUCGUAGACCUAUAACACAUGACAUCGUUCUAUAUUGUCGAAAUGCAACUUCGGAGGAAAAGUAUACAAUGAUAUCAUCUAGACAAGCCAAUCAAGCAAGCAUCCGCAAAGAUACACAAGCCAGACUUGCAGAGCUCAAAGGAGUAGCAUUGAACACAAUACCUUAUCCACGUUCUAAUGCUAUUUUAACUCAAUAUCAAGAGGAGAUUAGAAAUCUCGAAAACAAAGCCAAUUAUCAUCAAGAAAUAGAUUCUAUUGACAAGUUAGCUGACUGGUUAGCUGGGCCAGAAAAGGGUUAUAAGCCAAAGAAAUUGGAUCCGGUCCCUACUACAAUGGAUGAAUGGGUAGAUAAACAUUUAUGGCUUGGAAAAGAAGAUCCAGUUCGACAUGCAAAUGGAUCAAUUACAUG